AUGAACAUGUGCAUAAUAGAUGUAGAGAUUGUUGAUGAAACUAGACAUGUUGCAACAUCAGUAUUCAGACUGCCUGUAGAGUUAUUGUUGUACUAUCAAGGGAAAAACUACCAUUGCAAAAUAUCAACAGACGCUUUUGAAUUUUACAGUUUCUUGGCUAAUUUGCAGGCCUCUCAUUUUGCAUCAACAGAAGGAUUGCCAGUUGCAGACUGCUCUGUUGAAAUUUCUUGGGAUUUUCAGAUGUGGCAUCUUGAGUUGAUUACUGGGCUGGUUAUAAUAGUAUCCUCAUGCCGAUAUUUACUGUUGAAAACUUGGCCAGAUUUUGCUGAAUCCAGUGAAGCAGCAAAUAGACAGGUUCUUACUUCUCUUGAACCUUUGGAUUACAUUGUCGUGUCGUUUCUUCCUGGAGUUGGUGAGGAGUUUCUUUUCCGUGGUGCACUUUUGCCUCUCUUUGGUGCCAAUUGGCCAAGUGCUCUGGCCGUUGAUGCAGUCUUUGGAAUAUUGCACUUGGGCAGCGGCCGAAAAUAUUCAUUUGCAAUCUGGGCGACAUUUGUGGGGCUUGCCUAUGGCUAUGCUACAAUUUCAACAUCAAGCAUUAUUGUGCCAAUGGCUGCUCACGCUCUGAAUAACUUGAUCAGAGGUAUCUUAUGGCGCUAUACAUCAAGUUCUUCAAAAUAGAUUG